GAACAUGUUCGCUAGACUGAGUGUAGCUGUAUUGAUUCUCAAAAUCAGUCUCGCAACAGCAUAUCGUCCAGUGUUUAUCUACCAUGGCAUUCUCACCGGUGCUGAAAGUAUGAAUCAUUUAGUUAACAGGAUUCAAGAGGUUCAUCCCGGCACCGUGGUAUACAACUUUCAACGAUUCGGAGGCUGGUCCAGCUUGGAAAAUGCUUGGCAUCAGGUGCUUGAGGCCCAGACUAACCUAAGAGCAGUCUGUGAGCUGCACCCGGACGAGGGAAUAAAUAUGAUCGGUUAUUCUCAGGGCGGUCUACUGGGACGUGCGGUGCUGCAAACAUAUCCGGAUCAUUGUGUUAAAACAUUUAUCUCGCUCAGCUCACCACAAGCUGGCCAAUUUGGAGAUGACUUUUUGCAUUUAAUUUUCCCUUCGCUGGUCGCUAAAACGGCGUACCAACUAUUCUACACCUACGUCGGGCAGCAUACCUCGGUUGGCAACUACUGGAACGAUCCGCACCAUCAGGAUCUGUUCGAAGAGUUUAGCAUCUUUCUGCCGUAUGUGAAUAAUCGCAUUUUAUCCAUAAACUCUACCCAAUUCCGAGACACACUGAUGCGUCUGGAGCAGUUGGUGUUGAUCGGUGGACCUGACGAUGGUGUCAUUACACCGUGGGAAUCUAGUCAUUUUAGCUUUUAUAACACCUCUUACGAUGUGGUACCGUUGCAUGAGAGUGAAAUUUAUACGGAGGAUUUAAUAGGACUGAAAACGCUGGAAGAAAGCGGUCGAUUGCAUAUAAUUGUGCGGGAAAACGUACAUCACUAUCAGUGGCAUCGGACGAAUGAUAUAAUCGAUAGCAUUAUUCUGCCUUAUCUAGACUAA